CCUCCUCUCGCCGCCACGCCGCAGCCCGGGCUCCGCCGAGGCGAGGCGCGGAUCAGGUUCCCUGCCUGCAGUAUAAAAACCUCGGCAGAAAGCUCCGGCAGGGGAGAGCGAGCGGAGCCGGGCGUGAGGAGCGCAGGGACGCGCGGCGGCAGACGCGGCCGCUGCUCACCGGGAACGGUCGCGGCUCGCCCCUUUCCGUUGCGGGAGAAGCGCUUUCUGCCGCCACAAAAUGAAGCAGCAACAGCAGCAACGUCGAAUGUUCACUGCUGCCCUCCUGGCACUCGUUUUCCUUCUGGCAGCCGUGAGUACCACUGAGGCUGGCAAGAAAGAGAAACCAGAGAAAAAGGCGAAGAAGUCUGACUGUGGGGAAUGGCAGUGGAGUGUGUGCGUGCCCACCAGCGGUGACUGCGGCCUGGGGACACGCGAGGGCACCCGCACUGGGGCUGAGUGCAAACAAACCACCAAGACUCAGAAGUGUAAGAUUCCCUGCAACUGGAAGAAGCAAUUUGGAGCGGAGUGCAAGUACCAGUUCCAGGCCUGGGGAGAAUGUGACUUGAACACGGCCCUGAAGACUCGGACCGGGAACCUAAAGAGAGCCCUCCAUAACGCUGACUGCCAGAAGACUGUCACAAUCUCAAAGCCCUGUGGGAAGCUUACCAAACCCAAACCUCAAGAAUCCAAGAAGAAGAAAAAGGAAGGCAAGAAACAAGAGAAGAUGCUGGAUUAAUGGAGUCAACUCGGGCAAUGUGAGAAAGGGACAUCAGCAAACAUGAUCAGUUAACAGUUUCAUUUAUACCUAGGCAUCUUAUCUUAAAAUUAUUUAUAGCUUAAUGGUACCAUAGAAGGAAAAAAGCAAACACAGAAAACAAUCCUUUUUUUUUUAUAUUACUUUAGUAUUUUUAAUGUAUAACCCUAACAACAAUUUUUAGAGGCCUGUAAUAAAGGACACCAAACUCAUUUAGAAAAGUAUGUCUAUUGUAUAUUGAAAAUGUAGAGGUUUUUAAAUUUUUUUUUCUCGAGUCUUGCCAUAGGUCUCAGUCUGGUAAUCAGUGCAUGCAAACAGAACCUGAGCCUGUGUGGGGCUCUGCUGAAGCCAGUGGUACCCUGUGUGAACAUAGCACUCUGGCUGGAUGCAUUUCUAUUUAAGAUUGGGACUUUAUAUCUUAAAAAUUGAGGCCUGUUUCUUAAUACCUGAUUACAUCUGCAUAACUGUAUGAAACUGUUUGUUUAAGAAAAGGAUGGGGGCAUUUUGUUGAGUAUUUACAAGUAUGCGAUUUUCUUGGAUGUGUGCUUAAUGUUCAUUCCAAAAUGUCACCAUCUACAGGUAAAAACCAGUAACACUCCUUUCCUUAUCCAUAUUUUGAAUGUUGGCAGUAAAUCUAAAAUCUUUCAACAACUGGACAUAAAAGAGUCCUAAUUUUUCAUGAUUUUCUAGCAAUGAUUUUUCAAAGUGGAAUGAUGACAGAACUUUCCACUUUUCAGCAUAUCAGUGUUGGUGGAUGGUGUCCUCCAUUUCACCUAUCAAAGCUGAAAAAUGCUGUAUUUUAUUUGUUAAUUUUGACAGAAGGGUGAAAAUAAUUUUCAUAAAAGAUCUAGUUGAAAUUGUUGUGAUUCUGCCUAACCCAGCUCUCUUUUGUAUCAGUGGCAAUAUUCCUGGUUAUCUUAAUUAUAGCUGGCUAAAAAAUAGAAUGUCUGGUGGAAAAUAAAAGGAGAAAUCAGUUUGAAAACCACCAGAGGUAGUUCAUCUAUUUGACCAAAAAAGGGACAAAUUGUGGGACCUGAAACCAAUAGGAAUGAAAUAAUUUUUGCUUUAUCUUUCAGUAAAACAGAAGGGAAGUACAAAACCGGUAUCUUUUGCUUUCUUACAUUUUUAUAUAAGCAAAAGACUUGGGAAAAGCUCAGUCAAUAUAAAAUUAGUUGUGAUUUUUUUUAAUAUAGUCUGCAGGGGGAAAAAAGAGAAAAAUUACAACCAGCUGUUUUUCAGUUUGUUCAGUUUUACCUAAUUUAAAUGAUUCUGAAUCCUGAGUGAAGUCACAAAGUAGAAAAAGGAUCUGACAAAUGGCUGGUCUGUCUCAAAGUAAAGGGUUGUUUAAUGAGCUGACAACAAGCAGACCAAAAUUUUUAGAGGAAAACAUAAGGGAUUUCAUUACCCAGGUUAAGUUCAAAAUCAUUGCUUUGGACUUUUAAAUCUUAAAAUUCAGUAGCAAGAAGUAAGCUUUGCCAUUUGUGUGGGCUGCAGGCUGGUCAAGAGGAACAGACUCCCCUGUACUCCUGCAUGGUACCCACUGACUUCAGUGAAGCUGCAGCAGGCUGUGUUCACCUGAGUAAAUCACAUUUCUCUCUUGGGAUUAGCUUGUAGACAAGCAGAGAGUCUUUUUCUUUCCAUACUAACAUCACUCUCCUUUAUUUUGAGAAAGAAAUGUAACAAUUGUAGAGCUUGCCCUCUUUUUUCUCACGCGGAGGGUACAGCUGAUCUGGACUCACGAUGAGGAAACUCCUUCUGUUCCCAAACACUCCUGAAGCCUCCUAGCCAGGGCUGCACAUAGCUUAAGGUAGACUAGCCUCACAAUUCUUUCCCAGACUCCUUGGGUGUGUUUUGCAGUCUGUGUUGAUGUCAUUGUUAUUUUGACCAUGCUGUUAGACAUACCUGAGUCUGUGGGAUAGUUGAAAAUGUCCCCCACACGUGGUGGAGGUGCAAUGACCAAAUCUAAAAUCAUGAAGGCUCAUAUUUAGGUGGUUUUGGGUGCUAUUUGAUUUGUUCAUGGUCUAAUCAGGUCUACCUGUGCUUGUGCCUCAGACUUAAGCUAAUGGUUUGGUAGGUCUGGUUGAAAGCAAAGGGAGAAGGAAACUUUUUUUCACUCACCAAAGGUUUGUCUGUCUACAUGCUGCAUCAGUUCACUUGAAGUGGCUCAACUUUGAGUGCCAACACUGUUGCACCAUUGUCUCACACUGGUUAAUCUAGUCCAUGUUUCAUAGGGAGCUGGCAGGAAUUGGGAAUGAUGUUGAGACCAACACUUUGAUUGUCAUUUAACAAAACUUAGAUGUGACUUCUUAUUUCCACCUCUGUGAGUAUAAAGAAAAUAAAUUCCCCUGUGUUUCCUGUGA